UUUUAUUUUGCAAAAAAUGAAGCAAUUAGUUACCUUAUUGUUAUUAAUUAGUACAUUAUUAAUGUUUAAGCUAGAAACUUGCUAUGGCGAUUGUGAGGUUUAUGGUUUGGUCUUAAAAAAGGGUGAAGCUAAAACUGUUCCGGGCAAAUGCAGUCAAGUGGUAUGUGUAGGGAAUCGUUACGAUGAAUACGAGAUAGAAAAUUGCCCAAACGCUUAUAGCCCUAAAGACUGUACAUUUGUUCCAGUGGAUCUAACAAAAACAUAUCCCAAGUGUUGUCCCCAUUGGAAAUGUGCAGAUGCAAGAUGAAUGAAAAGCUUUCAAUUUACAAAAAAAAAAAAAAACCAAAAAUAUUUAUGAAA